AUGUCAAGUCAACUGCCUCCCGAGGUCCCUGCUGGGUGGUCCGCCCAAUGGAGUGCCAGACACCAGACCUGGGUGUAUGUCGACCUCAAGUCGCUCAAUAUCCAAUGGAUGUGCCCAACCGAGCCGCCGCCGGGACAUGUCCUCACUCCUCCCGUCAGCCCCACGACACCGUCCAGAGGCGAGCCUUCAGUCCCCGCGGGUUGGAAACCGAAGUGGCAUCAGUCGUACGGAGCGUGGUACUAUGUGAACUCGCAGACUGGGAAGUCCCAAUGGAACCGCCCGCAGUACGCCGCCAUCCCCGCCAACGCCUACAGCCCGAUCGACCACAGCCACAAGCCAGUCGACUGGGAUGAGUGCGCUCCAUCGCCUCUAGUUACCAAGUUCCCAAAGACGCUGCAUCUCUCUCUGAACCUGGAUCGCCAGCCAAUGUCUGGGUUUGAGCAUCUCUUUACCGGGAACGUCAAUCCAGCUCCCUUGACUCCAGGAUUCUUCUCUCCCCCUCCACCGAGGGCGGCACCUCCUUCGCCUCCCCGCUUGUGCAUUGAUACCAAGCAUGCUGCCCAGGGAAGGCAGCGCCCCGUCUCGCCAGCUCACACGUUCAUCCCGGCCUUCCGACCGAGAGCCAUCAGUGACUGCCCGCCAGUCCUGCCUGAUAUCCCCCUCUCUCAGAUCGAGGCACCUCAUCCCUCGCCUCUCAAUCCCUACACCCAGGCCAGGCACUCCUUCCUCAUGCCUCCUGGUCCUGGACCGAACGUCGCCCGCCACCAGGCUCGUCACUCCAUGUCGAACUUUCCAACGAGCUCUCACCCGGGGUACUACCCCACGCGUGUCGUCGAGGAAGCGGAGGAGGAUGGCUACGAGAGCGAUUCGAGCUACUGUACGGACUACGCGGAGGAUGAGCCUGAGCGGUCGCCUGCUGUUGGUCUCACUCCUCUUUUGAAUAAGCCUAUUGGGCGUGAGUCCUGGGAACUGGCUUAUUAG